CUGACCAUAAGAAGCCGUCGUCGCAUGUCGUCGCUGAGGUUCUGCAUUUCUUGUUUAAACGUCAACAGUUUGUAUCAAACUUUUUAAACUACGACUUAUCUUCAUCCAACAAACAUCACUGAGUCAGGCGAAUCAGCCUUUCCUCUACAACUAAGGUUUUUUAAAUGUGAUCACUCUUUAAAAUUUACAUAUUCCAACUACAUUUUCCAAUCGGAUGAAAAGGAAUUUUUUACUGUUACAUACUCAGUUACAAUAAAUAUGAACACAUGUUUUUAAGUUUAAGUUGCUCCAGUUGUUGCAUAUUUUUUUUAACAAUAUGCAUUUGAUUUAUAAUAAAUACCCUCAGUGAAUGCUCUGUACUGACUGUCACCAUUACCAAGAUGGUGGAGAACAAUUAAGUUGUCAAGCCAGUUUUUUUAAUUACCACAACUUAAAAUUUGUUUUUAAUGAAUUAACUCAUGAAUUUGAAUUUAUAUUACACACAAUAUUAAGUUGAUUUAGUUACCAACAUUAUUGUUUCAACACAGCUCAUCAAAAUAAUGUUUGCAACUCAGACAGUUUCUGUAAAUCAAUGAAUUAUAAUGUUUAUAUCACAGGACGACCACAGAGAAAUGUACUCCUGUUUAAUAAACCUGUUUCUCUUAUAACACGACCAGGACAAACUGACAUGUAAUCUGACUCCAGACAAACAAAGUGCUGCUUCAACACAUCUGCUCUUUAACACCAGGAAAUUAUUGGAUUAAAAGACCACACCUGAAAUCAGACUGAAUGUCUCUGGACUCAGCAGGGAGAGAGUUUCAUCUUUAAACUCUUUCUUCUUUCCAUAAUCAUAAAAACUCACAUUCAUUCAGGAUGUUUCUGACUGAACCAGUUUGUUUUCACUGUAAACACUUCAGUCUGCUGUGUUUACCUGGAACACACCUUGUUUCCUCUCCUCCUACACAGCAGCUGAGUUAACGUACAUUAAACCGUGUGUCCACAAACUUUUGUCCACAUGACGUCUGAACUUGACUCAUGUCAAACUGCUGAAUUAACUUUAUUUAAACAGCUCUUAUCUCACAGAAACAGUUCACAGGAGGAAGAGAAGGUCCAACGACAAAAUGAGACAAACUUCAGAAAGUAAAGACUUACAGCAGACGACCUAACGGCAGAGGUGUGGCGCGUUGCUGCAAUGAGGGCCUGGCCCUGUUACCAUGGCGACCGUGACUGUUCAAGCAAAGAGGUCAAAGGUCAGGACAUCACGCACAUGAACAGAGGCGAGGACGGUGGAAAAACACGGAGCCUGGGAGUGGACAUGGAGUUUACAUUAAUUUUUUAAUGAUGAUUUUUAAUAUAGUAACUAACUCACCCAGAGUUUAUUAAUAUGACCCAUUAAUGAAGCUGUAGUUCAUAAAGCCACCACCAGGCGUCACUGUCACACUGAACAGGUCUGUGAACACAGGAAGUUACAUCUCUCCUGUUUACAUAUGAAGACAAUAAGAACAGUUUACUGUUUAACAGUCUUUAUUAUAUCCAUUUUAUAUAUCUACAUCAGCCGGGUCCAGCUGGUUACAGAAGUAAUCGGCUUGAUUUCAUGGUGAAACCACUCAUUGUGUUUCAUUUGUAGGUUCAGAUUCCUUCAGUGUUGAUGGUUCAGGAUGUUUUUACUGGGAGCCGAAUUAUCCGCACAGGUCUCCUCCUCUCCAGAACAAACAAAUCUGAUGAGUACUUCAGUAAAAACACUGAAUAAAACAGUUUCGAGUCAAAAAUCGAUGGUUCUCUGUGGUGCUCUUGGGUGGACACAGGACGUGGAGAGAGGACAAACUCCUCAUUGGAAACGGACAGAGACGGUUGGUCUUUCUAAAGGAGGAAAUAAGUCGCCGUGAGCCUGUGUGGUGGAUCAUGGUUUGGAAGAAACAGAGUAAAGACUUUGUCGGAGGUUUGUUGAAGCUGUCGGUGGAGUUUGUGAUCGUCGUCCUGCUCGUUUCCCAGCAUGCUCUGGCUCUGCAAGUGGAGGUGUAUGAGGGGGCGGAGUCAGUCCUGCUGCCCUGCCGUGUCUCUUUUUUCUUAGAGGACACCACGGUGCUGUGGCACUGCGACGAUCUCUAUCCUGAAAUCGUCCACUCAUGGCGGGACGAGAGAGACGAGCUCACUGGUCAGGACCAGCGGUUCAGAGGCCGGACAUCGAUGGCGAGCGACGGAGCGGAGUCUGGAGACCUGAGCCUCACCCUGAGACAACCACACCUGUCUGACAGCGGGAACUACACCUGCCUCAUCCGCAAACAGAGCAGUGAACUGACACUGACACUCAUACAGCUGAGGGUCAAAGUCUCUCCUGUGGAGGUGAAGGUUCAGGAGGGGUCAGAGUUCAUCCAGCUGCCUUGCCAAAUCCCUCCUCCUCUACCUGAGGACGCCAGAGUGGAGUGGAGCCGGUCUGAGCCCAAACCCAUAAUCGUCCAUGUCUAUCCGAACAGCAGCAACCUGCUGCUGGAAGAGUUUUUCUGUGGCCGAACACACAUGAACAAAGACCUGCUGAAGACCGGAGACCUCAGUCUGACCCUGAAAUACCCAACAGACCGAGACAGCGGCACCUACACCUGCACUGCCCACAGAGACGGAGACGUCCUGAGACAGAAAGUAGUUCUGCACCACGUCAGAGAAAAAUUUUCAGUGUGGGCCAAGGUUCUCCUGGCUCUCCUGGCUGUUGGUCUUGUUGCUGGAGGAGGUCUUGCCAUAUACUUCUGGAAUUACUUUAAAACCAUCUCCAGGAUGGAGGUGGUGGAGGUGGUUUUUGGGUCAAAGUCUGUCCAGCUGCCGUUUAAAGCCACCACCACCCUGCCUGAGGACGCCUCAGUGGAGUGGAGACUCUCCGGCCUGAUGCUCAAACCGACAAUAGUCCAUGUGUGUAAAGGUGGCGGUGACCAGGCGGACACACAGAACGCUGAGUACAAGGGCCGAACAGAGAUGGUUAAAGAUCUGACAGAUGGAGAUCUCAGUCUGACCCUGAGUCAGCCCACAGAUCGAGACAGUGGAACCUACACCAGCACCGUUAAGGACAGGGACGGACGAAUUCUGGAGAAGAAACAGCUGACGCUAAAGGUCAAAGUUCCCCAGGUGAAGGCGGAGGAGGGGGUGGAGUCUGUCGUGCUGCCCUGCAAAGACAUGUUUCGGCCUUCUGCAGACGACACGGUGGAGUGGAGCCGGCCUGAACCCUGGCCCAUGACGGUCCACAUGUACCAGAACAGCGCAGACUAUCAUGAGAAACAGAACUGGAUUUACAGGAGCCGCACAGAGAUGAAGACAGACCAGGUGAUGAACAGAGACCUGAGUCUGACCCUGAAGAAUCCGAUGGCGUUCGACAGCGGAUCGUACACCUGCACCGUCAGCAGGGACGGAAAAGUCCUGAAGAAGAGAAACGUCCAGCUGCUCGUCACAGAGACUGAUUCAUCGUCUCUGCUGACUGAUCAUCAGGAAUAAGUAUUGAUCAGUGGCAGACAGCACUGCUGUUAUUGAUCAUUGACAGCUGAUUGAACAGUGACAUCAGCUGUUUGAUUCAGACUGAACCAUGAAAACUUGUGAAACUUUGUCGUCAUGUCGUUCUACCAGACCAGAGAAUCACAGACUUUAUGGAACGUUGAGUUGAACUGAUGCUUGGACGACAAACUACAACCUUCAGGUCCAGACGAUGUUACACUCAUGUUUAUUUUACAGGUAGAAACAUGAUGCUGAAUUGUCCAUUUUCCAUCAGUAACCGAGCACCACAGGGCUCUGUUCUUGACCUACAACCAUUUACAUUACACACAAAGAGCAGUGAUAUUUCCACUCAAUAACUCAGUGUUUGUUUCUAUGCAGAUGAUACCAUGUUGUGUUGCUCAGUCUCUGACUUAUCUUCAGUCUUUCCAAUGGUUAUUUCUCGAUCACAGACUUGUUUUAAAAUCUGAAAAGACAAAACAUUCACCACUGUUUCUGUUCUGCCUUUAAAGGUUUAAAUGUUACCCAGAUUUCUCUCUCUGUCAUUCAUGAUUCAACAUUUGACUCAAAAACUAAAAAUUAAACAAGGUUCUGUUUUUGUUUUUAUGUA